AUGAUGCUGUGCAGUUACAACAGACCCUCGGCGAGGAUGCGCACCGUUAGCGUAUCAGCUGCACCGCCACCCUCGUCACCCCCCCCUGCACGACGCGAGCCUGAAGAAGAGGAAGGAGACCUGCGUCGAAUGACGAUGCAGAUUCAUGCGUUAAUGGAGAAGGUUGACAGCCUUCAGGAUAAACUGGCCGGCCUGUCUCCUUCGUCCCUCGAUGUUUCUCAUGCGCCGUUCUGGCCGGGGCUUGCGACUGCCAGCAUGCAGGCGACUGAUGACCAGGCCAAUCUAUGUGAUUUGCCGACCGACGCACCACCACCACCUCCUCCUCCACCAUUAUGGAAGAGCCCACAAGCGAUAAGAGACGAGUCAGUGCCACCAGACGCCAAUGACGAACCAGAGGCCAUUUCGCCAGAAUAUCACGGGCCGACCAGCUCCGAGUUCACCUUUGAGGUUGCGAACGAGAGCCUCACUCAAAUGGGAGUAGGCUGCUCGAUCCACAAGAGCGCGGCCCCUGUGGCCAAGUUCUUCUCCUUUGACACGGGCCCGACGGGUCCACGCCUACGAAGGCUUUUUACACGGGAUCGUUUAUGGACGAUCGACCGCACCGUGGCACUGAGCUACAUCGAAAAGUACCACAAUACAGUAGGGGCAAUGUAUCCCGUUACAGAUGAGGCUCGCCUCGCGCCUAAGGUUCAAUAUCUCUUUGAUGCGUGGGAUGCUAACCGAAACCAGCGACACCAAGGGGGAUUAGGUAGCCUCAUCGACCUUAUGCUGAGUAUUGACAUCCAGAUCAUCAAGAUCCAGGUGGCGGUGGGAAUGAUCAAUGUGCUAGGCGUGGCGGGGAUGGAUGUUGCUACCGAGCUAGUGCAAAGCGUUCUCGACUCAUCUGAUGACUCGAUGAUGAACCUAGAGCGUCUAGGCGGAGUCCAACUUCUCGUUUGCAUCGUUUUGUUCUACUACAACCUCGACGACGAGGUCAAGGCGAGUCGGUACUCCUGUCUGGCGUCGCGACGGUGUCUGGAAAUGGGCCUCCACCGCCGAGACAUGCUGGCCAAGCAUUUUCCAGAGGCUGCGGCACAGAAACAGGCCUUGAGAGUCUUUUGGUCAGUCUUCACCCUGGACCGUCGGUCCAGUCUCGGGUUAGGAGUGCCCUUUGUCAUCCAGGAUUCCCUGGUCGACCCGACUUUGCUGUCCAUUGACUUCGAUCACGCGUAUCUACGGAGCAUGGUCCCAUUUGCCAAACUCUCGGGCAAGGCCUGGCAGAUGGGCAACGACUUUACGGCCAAAGAACCUGAUGCCGUUCGCGAAGAGAUUGAUUACCUCGACUACCAAGUUCUGCAGUGGCAGAAGCAGAUCCCAGCCUCACUCAGCUACCAACACCACAGCGGAUCGAAGAGCGUACCAAUAUACCCCGCGAUGGAUGGUACCGCUGCUAGGGAUACGGCGCGUCAAUUUUACCUCUCUGUCGUCCUCUUCGCGCGCGCCAACCAACUCCGCAACGUCAUCUACCGACCACUUCUGCAAUCAGCCUCACGGAUCCAGGGGAACCUAGCGCACACAUCCACCGCGCUCAAUAUCGCUAGGGACUCUAUUCGCGCAUUCUCCGAGCUCGACGAGGCCACAGACCUCCUCGGUACCCAUGCAGCCUUCUUCAAGCAUUUCAUCGUCUCGAGCCUGGGGAACCUCCUGCUGAUUUUGGUGCACAGCGACGAUGCCACAGGCACAGAAUACUGGACCGACAUCAGAGAAACGUUCCACGUGGCUUCGGUACUGAUGAGGAAACUCAGUGUUCGGUCCGGGUCGGUUCUGCGAGCCUGGGACCGACUCAAGGGUCUCGAGGACCUACAGGCCAAAAUCAUGACGGCGCGUCGGCGCAAGGCUGAGGCCAAACAGCAGGGUUCACUGAACAGUGAAAGCGGCGUUAUCGAAGGGAUGGGAACUGGUGAGCAGGACUACGGGGAGCGUCCCAGCAACAAUGACGACGACAACAACCACAACUUCGACUGCUUCAACAACAUUCUAGAUGAACCGUCGUUGAUCCGAGGUGGGGACUGCACAUUGUUCGAUUCGCAGAUCCGCAACGAUUUUGCCGGCUUUCUUGAUCCUGCGUUUGCAUUUACGGGACCGUACGAUGUUCAAUUUUUUCAAGGCGGCGGCGGGAGGAACCAGUGGAAUAUGUAA